CCCCAGAAGAAUAUAUGCCGAUCAUGAUAACCAUUUUACUACUAGCUUUUCUCUUCUUCGUAUCUCUUUGGCUCUCCAUAGUAGCAUUUAUAGCCAAGAAGAAAAGCUCUUCCUCUUCCGCCGUUGAAUGGCCGGUGGUGGGCAUGCUUCCGGCCCUCCUCUGUAACGCAACCACCAAUCUCCACGGCUUCAUCACUCGACUCGUCAAAGAAAGCGGCGGCACCUUCCUGUUCAAAGGCCCCUGCUUCGCCAACCUGGACUUCGUCGUCACCAGCGAUCCGAUGAAUGCCCACCACGUCUUCAGCAAGAACUUUGCCAACUAUGGGAAGGGUGAGGAUUUCAAAGCGAUGUUCGAGGAGCUCUUCGGAGAAGGGAUCGUCAACUCCGAUGGGGAAUCGUGGAGGUUUCAACGGCAGAGGAUCCACUCCUUCUUGACCAAGGACGGGUUCGAAAACUACGUUAUGAGAACCCUUCAUCAGAAGAUGGAGGGCACCUUGUUCCGAGUCCUUGAUGAUGCUUGUUCGACGCGACGGCUUGGAACUGUACAUGUUGAGGUGGACAUGCAGGACGUGGUGAGCAGGUUCAUGUUCGACAACAUAUGCAUGUGGGUCUUGGGAUUCGAUCCAGGUUACCUUUGUGUUGACAGGCAAUUAAGUACCUUCUCAUGCGGCAAAGCAUUUGAUGAAAUCGAGGAGGCGGUCAUAUACCGACAUAUCGUCCCCAGAAGUAUAUGGGAAUUUCAGAAAAGGUUUGGGAUUGGAUCAGAGAAGAAGAUUAGUCAAAGUACUAAGGUCUUGGACGAGUUCUUAUAUGAUGUCGUGAAGACCAAGAAACAAGAGUUGCACAAAGAAGAGCAACAUCAACAACUUGACUUGCUAACACAAUGGUUGGAGCAGGGACAACAACUCGACAUGCUAACACAAUUGAUGAUAGCUGGUCAGAAAGGAGAAAGUUCAGACAAGUCCUUACGAGAUAUGGUGUUUACAUUAAUAGCAGCUGGAAAAGACACCCUAUCUUCCACUCUCAGUUGGCUGCUCUGGUUGGGGAAAGACUCUGUGUCUUCGGUUCUAACUUGGUUGCUCUGGUUGGUUGUGAUCCACCCUCGGGUUGAGAAAAAGAUUAUCGAGGAGAUUGAAAGAGUAGUGGUAAUGGCUAAACGACGACCAGAUCCUAGAGAAGGACGAUUAUUAGGAGUUUUCAUGAUCGAUAAAGAUGAGAUGAAUAGACUUGUAUAUCUCCAUGCAAUCAUCUGCGAAACAUUGAGAUUGUACCCACCCGCACCAUUCGAGCUAAGAUGUGCCAUUGAAGAUGAUAUGCUCCCUAGCGGCCAUCUCAUUCACAAGGGUACUAGGAUUUUGUUCUCCAUAUACUCCAUGGGGAGGAUGGAAGAGAUAUGGGGGAAAGAUUGCAUGGAGUUCAAGCCUGAGAGAUGGAUUUCGGAGCAAGGGAGCUUAAUCCACAUCCCCUCAUACAAGUUCAUUAAUUUUUUGGCAGGGCCAAGGUAUUGUUUGGGGAAGUCGUUGUCUUUCAUGCAACUCAAGUUCAUUGUUAGUACUCUUCUAUGGAACUACAAGUUUGAUAUGGCAGAGGAGGGUCACGUCGUGAAGUCAACACCAUCCAUGGUACUGUCAAUGAAAGAUGGCUUGAAGAUGAGAGUUUCCAAGAGAAAUGUAUAG